ACUUAAAUCUGUUUCUCUGGGUGGUGCGGCUGGCUAUUCCAUUUGCACAGAGAAUAAAUAUGUGGUUGGUUGAGCGGGCUGGGUUAGGAUGUUGUAUAUAGUGCGAGUAUUGUACCGAGAGUCAGACCGGUCCUGCAGCAGCAGCUGUGAGCCAAUCCCCGAGGCUGUGGUAGCAACAAGAGUGGUUUAGCCUUAAUUUUACGUAGUCGCCUCGUUUCCAUUCCCUCAGUUUGAUAUUCCGGAUGAGACUGACAACUGUAUCCUUUAUUCUUAGCGACCCCCACAAACCAGGAAUCUAGUGCUUAGCAUGUAGACGUGGAAAACCAUCCACACCGUUCAUCGAUAUCCUUUUGACUUCAGAAAUGUUGUGAAUUUUGGGAGCAGAAGCAAGAUCUGUUUGGGGAAUAGAGCUGGGCAGCCAGGCCAGGAGGCAUAGGUCAGGCCAGAGCCCCCAGUAGCCAGGCCAACAGCGAGCCUUCUCAAGUAGAUCCCAGAAGUGUGCUGCUGCUGCUGCUGCUGCUGCUAACUCCUAGCUACCGGUGAGCUACAGUUUCGGCCUACGCACAGCUCACAGCCCACAGUCAGUGCAGGCAGGUCGGGGGCGCUUGAGUGAGACCAGGCAGAGCUUCUCGGAUUUCAAUCUAUCUAAAUUUUCCUCCCGUCCCAUCUCUCACUCUCUCUCUUCUCUCCUCUCUCUUCCAUCGCUCCUCCUGUUCUGGUCCGUUCUCCGGGCCCUUUGUUCGCUUUUCGAUCGCUGCUGCUGCUGCUGCCGCUGCUGUCUGCAGAUGCUGGUAAGGAAAAGUAAAGGAAUGAAGACCACUACCAUUAGCACCCUCGCCUCCUUUGGGUGCGCGCUACUUUUGACAACGUCAAUUCCCCCCCUGUCUGAUGGUCGCCAACUUCUGCUUGCUGAUCAUGUUGUAAGAGCACCCUUUCUCACCUCACCUCCUCACCACCUUCCUUCCUUCUUUCCUUCCUCUUCCUUCCCUCCAUCUCUCUCCCUCCUUGCUCUCUUCAUUCCUGCGUCCUCAAUUUCCUUCCUUGCCAACUCGACUCGUGUAUUGUUCUAUUUAACACUCUGUGUGGGUCACCCGGGCCUAUGGAUCCCGUCCUUCCAAUCCGCAUCUCAAGCCUGAACAGAAGGUUUUUUAAAUGCUCAUCAAACUCCACGCAAAGUUAUAGUUCACUGCUGAAACUUAGGAUCCGUUUGUGCCAUGAUUGUGGAUGUGGGAACUCGUCGGUUCCUCUGACGUCAGGAUGUAGCAUAUAGCAACUCGUUGACUCGUCCACUUUUAGCUUUUUCCUGCUUUGGGGAAGCUACGGCUGGCGAAGUCCAUGGGUUUUGUUUCUAGCUUUCCACUCUCUUGCCCUCGGAAUAAUCUAUCAUUCUUCCCAUGUUUUCUAUGUAUCAUAUCUAUCAUUCAGCACGUACACUGUCCCACUGAUGUGCAAUUUCAAGCGCCACGGUCUUUGAUCGACUCACGAGUGCUCUCUUUCAUGAUUCUAUGCAUGUGUAUGCCUGUGAGGACGUGUACAGUUGCCGUUGUGCCUCGUCCCGGUGUUCACUCUCUUGGUCUAUGGGAUGUGGCGAGUGAGCGGCAGUCCGAUGGGUUUUCCUGCCCCUACCAAGAAGGCAACCUCGUUUUCGAAUCAGGUCACGUACUCCACGGUAUCAAUUUUGCCAUGGGCUCCGGCACCACGUCUGGUUGCAGAAGACCUCGAGGACGCAGAUGACGAGAUGGAGCUGAGCGACGACGGGCACGAAGAGCUCGAGAUUCAGAAGCAUAGAGAGAAGUCGAUGGAGCGGAUGGAUGAAGAUGUGUGCGCCAUGCAGUUGGAGGACGCUGACGUCGAAGAAGAUUUCGAAUUAUCGAGCAGACGCUCGGACGCGAUGGGGGAUGGGCUGCAGGACUCGUGGAGGAGUUGCAAUUGGGUCGCCCGCCCCGUCCCCCUGGAGCUCAACAGCGCUGCGCAUGCAAUAAAUACUCACGGCCAGAUUGGACUCGAUGUGCUGGAUAAUGAUUUCCAGGCCAUCGACUUCGAUGGUCUGGAAGCAGCAAUCGGUUACAGGUUCAAUGCACGCGCUCUGCUCGUCGAGGCUAUCACUCAUGCCUCUCGACUGUCCUCCGAUUCGCCUUGCUACCAGCGCCUCGAGUUCGUGGGCGACGCAGUGCUCGACCACCUCAUAACCAAGUACUUCUUUGUUAAUUACAAAGACCUUGCUCCCGGUCGCCUGACGGAUCUCCGCCAAGCAACCGUCAACAAUGAAAAUUUUGCUCGAAUUGCCGUGAAGCAUAAGUUUCACAUUCAUUUGCAGCAUGGAUCAGCAGCUCUACAAGCCAAGAUCCACGCCUUCGUAAAAAAUAUUCAGGCCGAACUGGAUAGACCGGGCUUAAAUGCGUUCGGCCUCGGCGACUUCAAAGCUCCUAAAGUGCUCGGCGACAUUCUGGAGUCCAUAGCUGGAGCAGUGUUCCUGGAUGCAGGUCUGGAUACUGAAAAAGUUUGGCAGAUUUUCGAGCCGCUGCUGCAACCCAUGGUCACGCCCGAGACGCUGCUGAAGCACCCGGUCAGCGAGUUGCAAGAGCGCUGCCAGCAACGCGUUGAGGAUCUGAGAUACCACGCUUAUCGACGAGACAAUUUGACGUUUGUGGUGGAAGUGCAUGUGAACGAGGAAUUCAUAGCCGUGGCGGCAAACUCCAAGAAGAAGAUGGCACAAAAGCUCGCCGCUCGGAACGCGCUGGUGAUUUUGAAGAAGCGAGACGCACGGCUCGAAGCAGCCGCCGAGGAGGACGCCUCCAGCGAUGCGGCCGAAGUGCUUCCUCCCGUUCCCGUCACCCACAGCAACAUGCCCGUCGCCCAGCAGAACUUCUACGACAUGUGCAUGAAACGCAACUGCAAGCAGACACUGUACGAGAUCUGCAUGUCGCAGAAAUGGCCCAAGCCCGAAUACAAGUGUGUUUCUGAAGUGGGCCUCGCUCACGCGAAGAAAUUUACCUACUCGGUGAGGAUAUUCAGAGACCAUGGGUGGAGCGAAGAACUGCCAGGCGAGCCCAUGCCCAGUGUGAAGAGGGCCAAGGAUUCGGCUGCGGCGACCCUGCUACAACACUUGAAAAGAUGGUAGAGGCGUAUUAUUUUACAACGUCAUCAAAAUUGAGUACCUUUUGAUCAGGGAGCUUCCCUUCUGCUCAUCACUACAGCACCACAUUUUGACAGUUUCAAGGGACCAUUUUAGUCAUUCACAGAACAAUUCAAAUUUGUAUAUAGGAUUCUUGGAAGAUCUAGACAGUCGCAUAGUGGUGAGUAGAAAGGAAGGCUCAAGAAUACACCAAUUGUAAGGUAAGUGGACACCGGAAGAAAGGAAGGGAUUUUCACGGUGAUAAACCAAACACAUUCUUGUUGGAGUGUAAACUUGGCCUCCGGAGGGAUGGAAACUCCCCCAAUGUUUGGAGAUCACCGUGAUACUGGAUCAGAAGAGUGUUACAAUUUUGUCCAUCUUGUACAGAGACCACCGCCAGCAUGUAAAAAGUAGAAAGUUUUGAACUGGAGGUCUGGAUGGAAAUUUCCUCCUUUUUUUAGCUGCAUUUAUCAGGACUCGUGUUUCAUUUUUUGUUCUCCAAAAUGAAUAAGGA